AUGCGUUCCCUCCGGGCGGGCAGCCGCCUCCCGCUGAGGCCCCUCCCUCGCUACAUCUCGACCACGACCACCUCCUCCUCCUCCGCCGCCUCCUCCUCAGCAUCACCGUCCACCUCCACCAAUGCUUCCUCCUCCUCCUCGUCAUCGUCGGCGGCGACGUCAGCGGCGCAGCUCUCGUCCGUCCUCAUCGCCAACCGCGGCGAAAUCGCCAUCCGCAUCAACCGCACCGCCGAGCGCAUGGGCAUCCGCGCCACCACCGUCUACACCGACGUCGACGCCGGCUCCUGGCACGCCUCGUCGGGCUUCCAGUCGCUCGGCCUCGGCCCCGCCAACGGCUACCUCGACGGCGACAAGAUCAUCGCCCUCGCCAAGCGCCACGGCAUCCAGGCCCUGCACCCGGGCUACGGCUUCCUGUCCGAGAACGCCCAGUUCGCCGAGCGCUGCGAGCGCGAGGGCAUCGUCUUCGUCGGCCCCCCGGCCUCCGCCAUGGCCGACAUGGGCAACAAGGCCCGCAGCAAGGAGAUCAUGACGGCCGCAAACGUCCCCUGCGUCCCCGGCUACCACGGCCCCGAGCAGGCCGAGCAGGACCUCCUGCGCCGCGCCCGCGACGUCUCCUUCCCCGUCCUCCUCAAGAGCGUCCGCGGCGGCGGCGGCAAGGGCAUGCGCAUCGUCAUGACCGAGGACGAGUUCCCCGCCCAGCUGCGCAGCGCCCGCGCCGAGGCCCGCGCCUCCUUCGGCGAGGGCGGCGAGGUCAUGCUCGUCGAAAAGUACAUUGUCCGCCCCCGCCACGUCGAGGUCCAGGUCUUCGCCGACCGCCACGGCAACACCGUCGCCCUCGGCGAGCGCGACUGCAGCGUCCAGCGCCGCCACCAAAAGGUCCUCGAGGAGUCCCCAGCCCCGGACCUCGACGACGCCACCCGCCGCGACCUCUGGGACAAGGCCCGCAAGGCCGCCGCCGCCGUCGGCUACGUCGGCGCCGGCACCGUCGAGUUCAUCCUCGACAAGGACUCGGGCCGCUUCUACUUCAUGGAGAUGAACACGCGCCUGCAGGUCGAGCACCCCGUCACCGAGAUGGUCACCGGCCUCGACCUCGUCGAGUGGCAGUUCCGCGUCGCCGCCGGCGAGCCCCUGCCCCUUACCCAGGAGCAGGUCGAGGAGCAGAUGGCAGUCCGCGGCGCCGCCAUCGAGGCCCGUAUCUACGCCGAGAGCCCCGAGAGGGGUUUCAUGCCCGACUCGGGCAAGCUCGUCCACGCCGUCCUGCCCGACGCCGUCCAGGCUGACGAGGAUGUGCGCCUCGACUGGGGCUUCGGCUCCGGCAGCGUCGUCUCCGAGGCCUACGACGGCAUGAUCGCCAAGCUCAUCGUCCGCGGCGACACCCGUGAGCGCGCCAUCGCCAAGCUCGAGUCGGCCCUGCGCGCCUUUGAGAUUGUCGGCGUCAGCACAAACGUCGAGUUCCUCAAGCGCGUGUGCCAGGCCGACGCCUUUGUCGCCGGCGACGUUGAGACGGGCUUCAUUGACAAGUGGCGCGACGUCCUCUUCAAGCCCCGUCACAUCAACGACGAGGUCUUUGCCCAGGCGGCCCUCGGCGUCCUCAACCUGCAGCUCCUCCAGCCGGUCGGCGCCGCGGCACCGCACGGCCAGACGCUCGGCUUCGGCGACGCCAGCGCCUCGGCCCAGCGCAAGGUCGCCUUCAAGGUGCUCGACGGCUACAGCGAGAAGGAGGGCGAGGUCGUUGAGGCGAGCGUCACACAAAAGGGCCACAACCUCUACGACGUGACCGUGUCGCGCCGGGGCUCCGACGCCGCACCUCAGGUGUUUUCCGACGUCGCCAGCGAGCCGACCCGCGAGGGCGCCGUGCUCAAGCUGCAAACGUACUUUCCCGCCGAGCGCAUCCUGUCGUCGGUGGUGCCGCAGGAGGGCGAAAACGACACCAAGGUGACCAUCUUCCAGCACGGCGUCAAGACGGACCUGGCACUGCUGCCGCCCGGGUGGUAUGAGAAGGCGCUGGGGCUCAAGGAGGCGACCGCCUCCGUCGUCGCGCCCAUGCCGUGCAAGAUUCUCAAGAACGAGGUGGAGGAAGGGCAAGAGGUCAAGAAGGGCACGCCCCUGGUCGUCAUCGAGUCGAUGAAGAUGGAGACGGUCAUCAGGUCCCCGCAGGACGGCGUGGUCAAGAAGCUGGCGCACAAGGAAGGGGACAUUUGCAAGGCCGGCACGGUGCUCGUGCUGUUUGAGGAGGAGCCGGGCAAGGAGGAAUCGGCAUAG